CCUCCCUUUCACAGCCUCAUCCUCCUCGCAGUGUGACUUUGCAAAAUGCAAUCUUUGUCAUGGAAAGCCAUGGCGGUGGUGGCUGCAAUCCUAGCCCAUGUGUGCUCCUCCAGCGAGUCGGAGCAGCAAGAGAAGAUCACCAAGCUGCCUGGCCAGCCGCAGGUCAACUUCCAGCAAUUCUCAGGCUAUGUCACAGUGGACCAGUCGAAGAAAAGGGCUCUUUUCUACUAUUUUGCUGAAGCAGAGACGGAUCCCUCCGCGAAACCCCUUGUUCUCUGGUUGAAUGGAGGGCCUGGUUGCUCUUCUCUUGGUGUUGGGGCAUUCUCUGAGAAUGGACCCUUCAGACCAAGUAGAGAAGUGCUGGUUAGAAACGAGUAUAGCUGGAACAAGGAGGCAAAUAUGUUGUACUUAGAGGCCCCAGCUGGUGUUGGAUUCUCCUUCUCCAGUGAUUCUUCCUACUAUGAGAGUGUGGAUGAUAAGAUGACAGCCAGAGACAACUUAAUCUUCCUUCAACGCUGGUUCGAGAAGUUCCCUCGAUACCUAAACAGGGACUUGUACAUUACUGGAGAGAGUUAUGCAGGGCAUUAUGUUCCACAACUAGCACAGCUCAUGGUUGAAUUCAACAAGAAGGCAAAGAUCUUCAAUCUCAAAGGAAUUGCUCUUGGUAAUCCAGUUCUCGAUUUCGCGACCGACUUCAAUUCGAGAGCAGAAUUUUUCUGGUCUCACGGAUUGAUAUCAGAUACUACCUACAAAAUCUUCACCUCCGCUUGCAACUAUUCGCGGUAUGUGAGCGAGUACUAUAGGGGCUCUCUCAGCCCAGUGUGUGCGAGAGUGAUGAGCCAAGUGACAAGGGAAACAAGUCGGUUUGUCGACAAAUAUGAUGUCACCCUGGAUGUGUGUGUAUCAUCAGUUCUUUCACAAUCCUUGGUUCUGAGUCCUCAACAAGUCCCUGAGAACAUUGAUGUCUGCAUCGAAGACGAGACGGUGAGUUAUCUCAACAGGAAAGAUGUGCAAGAUGCUCUCCAUGCACGCCUCACCGGAGUCGCAAAAUGGACCGUUUGCAGCAGUGUUCUACAGUAUGAGCUACUCAACUUGGAGAUCCCCACAAUUACUCUCGUGGGCUCGCUUGUUAGGGAAGGGAUACCGGUGUUGAUCUAUAGUGGGGAUCAGGAUUCUGUCAUCCCUUUGACAGGGAGUAGAAGCCUUGUUCAUAAAUUGGCGAACGAAAUGGGGCUGAAAACUACGGUUCCAUACCGAGUGUGGUUUGAGGGGCAACAGGUAGGUGGAUGGACACAAGCAUAUGGAGACAUCCUCUCGUUUGCAACGAUAAGAGGAGCUUCGCAUGAAGCACCAUUCUCGCAGCCGGAGCGUUCCCUUGUGCUCUUCAGAUCCUUCCUGCAAGGCCGACCGCUACCGGAGACUUUCUCGGAGAUUCCCUGACAGUUACUGAGAGUCUGAGUGAUCUGUGUGCGUGUGUAUAUGGUAUUCCAUGAGAAUUCAGCAUUCAUCCACUAGUUCUCGAUGCGCUUGAACUGAGAUGGAGUUGGGAAAAUAGUGAAAAGAGAGCACAGUGAUUGAGUCAUGAAUUGCUUUGCAGCGUUUUGCAGUCCGUGGCUUAUGGAUCUAUGUUUGGCAGUUCUAUGUUUGAUGACCAAUAAAGAGAAUGUUCAGCUA